UUUCCCACUCGUUCUCUCUCUCCCUCUCUCUCUAUACAAGGAAAAGAUCAAAAGAUUCCCCCGUCCGCGUGUAUUCAUCAAUUCCCUCUUCCGGCUCCUCUGGGUUUUGGCUGCUCCUCUCCUCCAGUCCUCUUCUCUUCUCUUCUCUUCUGAUCGCUUCUCUCGGUAAGGUCUUCGAUCUCGCAUAUUUCCUCCCCCACCCUUUUUUCGCACAGCACACUGGAAUGGGUCUGGGUGGGAUCGAUCUAUAGGUGGUAAGCUAUGGCGCAGAUUCUGCUCCAUGGGACGCUUCACGUCACCAUUUUUGAGGCGGAUUCGCUCUCCAAUCCCCACAGAUUGACCGGCGGAGCUCCAAAAAUCUUCCGCAAGCUUGUUGAAGGCGUUGAGGAUGCUGUGGGUCUUGGAAAAGGCGCCACCAAACUUUAUGCAACCAUUGACUUAGAGAAGGCCAGAGUUGGUCGAACAAGAAUGAUAACAAAUGAGCCUGUCAACCCACGGUGGUACGAAUCCUUUCAUAUUUACUGUGCUCACUUGGUUGCCGACAUCAUUUUCACGGUCAAGGUUGAUAACCCUAUUGGGGCAUCCCUCAUUGGGAGGGCUUAUUUGCCUGUUCAAGACAUUCUUAGUGGUGAGGAAGUAGAUCGAUGGCUUGAAAUUUGCGAUGAUAACAAAAAUCCUCUUCAUGGAGGGGCUAAGAUCCAUGUGAAACUUCAAUACUUUGAUGUCACAAAAGAUCCUAAUUGGGGGAGGGGUAUAAGGAGCAAGAAGUACCCUGGUGUUCCUUAUACUUUUUUCUCACAGAGGCAGGGUUGCAAAGUUACUCUUUACCAAGACGCGCACGUCCCGGACGACUUCAUUCCCAAAAUACCCCUUGCUAACGGCAACUACUAUGAACCUCACAGAUGCUGGGAGGACGUGUUCGAUGCAAUCAGCAAUGCCCAGCAUUUGAUUUACAUUACUGGUUGGUCGGUGUACACUGAGAUCACCUUAGUUAGGGACUCUAAGCGGCCAAAACCUGGAGGGGAUGUUACUCUUGGGGAGUUACUUAAGAAAAAGGCCAGUGAAGGUGUGCGAGUCCUUAUGCUCGUGUGGGAUGAUAGGACUUCAGUGGGACUGUUGAAGAAAGAUGGACUGAUGGCCACGCAUGAUGAAGAGACUGCGAAUUACUUCCAAGGCUCCGAUGUGCACUGUGUUUUGUGCCCUAGAAAUCCCGAUGAUGGAGGUAGCAUUGUUCAAGAUCUUCAGAUUUCUACCAUGUUCACUCAUCAUCAAAAGAUUGUAGUCGUCGAUCAUGAGAUGCCUAACGAGGGCUCCCAACAGAGGAGGAUUGUGAGCUUUGUUGGGGGAAUUGAUCUUUGUGAUGGCAGAUAUGAUACCCAGUUCCAUUCUCUGUUCAGGACUUUAGACACGGUCCAUCACAAUGACUUCCACCAGCCAAAUUUUGGUGGCGCAUCGAUCAAGAAAGGCGGACCAAGGGAGCCAUGGCAUGAUAUUCAUUCGAGACUAGAAGGACCUGUUGCCUGGGAUGUCCUCUUCAACUUUGAGCAGAGGUGGCGAAAGCAGGGUGGUAGGGAUCUUCUUUUACAGCUCAGGGAUCUCUCUGACAUCAUCAUCCCUCCAUCUCCGGUGAUGUUUCCAGAGGACAAAGAACAAUGGAAUGUUCAGCUCUUCCGAUCCAUUGACGGUGGUGCCGCUUUUGGCUUCCCUGAGACCCCAGAGGAUGCUGCAAGAGCUGGGCUUGUUAGUGGAAAAGAUAAUAUUAUAGAUAGAAGCAUUCAGGAUGCUUAUAUUAAUGCCAUUAGAAGGGCAAAAAAAUUCAUCUAUAUAGAGAACCAAUACUUCCUCGGUAGUUCAUUUAACUGGAAACCUGAUGGCAUCAAGCCUGAAGAAAUUGAGGCAUUGCAUUUGAUCCCGAAGGAGCUUUCUUUGAAGAUUGUUAGUAAAAUUGAAGCUGGGGAGAGAUUUACUGUCUACGUUGUAGUCCCAAUGUGGCCAGAAGGUGUUCCAGAAAGCGGUUCUGUUCAAGCCAUUUUGGAUUGGCAGCGGAGGACGUUGGAGAUGAUGUAUACUGACAUCAUACAGGCUCUUCAAGCUAAGGGCAUUGAAGCGAACCCCAAGGAUUAUCUCACCUUCUUUUGCUUGGGGAAUAGGGAGGUGAAGAAGAGCGGAGAAUAUGAACCGGAGGAGCAUCCAGAGGCAGACACAGAUUAUAUCAGGGCUCAGCAGGCCAGGCGGUUCAUGAUCUAUGUUCACGCCAAAAUGAUGAUAGUUGAUGAUGAAUACAUCAUAGUGGGAUCAGCCAACAUUAACGAGAGGUCAAUGAACGGAGCCAGGGACUCAGAGAUCGCCAUGGGUGGUUACCAACCACACUAUCUGACUACCAGGCAGCAGCCAGCAAGAGGACAGAUCCAUGGAUUCCGGAUGGCUCUAUGGUACGAGCACCUCGGAAUGCUCGAUGACGCCUUCCAGAAUCCGCAGAAUGUGGAGUGUGUUCAGAAGGUGAACAAGAUUGCGGACAAGUACUGGGACCUCUACUCCAGUGACAGCCUCGACCGCGACCUCCCUGGCCAUCUCCUCAGGUACCCUAUUGCCAUCACCAAUGAAGGGGUGGUUACUGAGCUUCCAGGGAUGGAGUUCUUCCCUGACACCCGGGCCCGCGUGCUUGGUGCCAAAACGGACUACCUCCCGCCCAUCCUCACCACAUGAGAAAGCCCCGAGUGCACUCUUUAGCACUUCUAUGUUAUUUUUUCUUUUUGGCUUUUGUCUUUUUUUCUUCCCUAGCAGUACCGUAAGAAGUUUAAGCAAUAAUUUGAUGUGGGGACUGUUUUGCGGUCGACUUUUUCUUCGUGUUGUGUUGUCUGGUGUUUAGAUGAUGCUUUGUUGAUUCUGGACUUAAGGUGAUGCUGCCCUUUGUGUGGAAUUAUUUUCUUUUUGUUUCCUUCU